AUGAUUGUCCCAUUAAUAUUAGGUGUCAUAGGCUUAGUUCACGCUGAUGUGCAUCCAUUUACAGCACAGGAUUUGGUCAAAUUGAAUUACGUGUCUGCUCCAGUGGUCUAUGGCAAACUAGCUGCAUUUUCGGUCUCUCACUACGAUAUAGAAUCAAACAACAAAUUCUCCUAUUUAUCCUUGCUCGAUCUUACAUCAAAAUCAAUCCUCAAUUUAACGGACAUCGAGACACACCCAAAAGCCAGCUCCCCCUUCUUCAUCAAUGAACAAUGGCUCGCAUUCUCAUCUGAUAACGGAAGCUUAUAUUAUUUGGAUGUAAUCAAUCCUCAAGAGCCGAGACUACUCGCUCCAGAACUUCAAGACUAUGAUGUGUCGAAUUUCAAAUAUUACGACGGUCAUCUCGUAUUCUCAGCACAAGUGCACAAAGAUACCGGAGAAAUGAUUCGUAAAGAUGAACCGAAAGGACGAUUGGAUAGUGGUGUUUUGUAUGAGCAGCUUAUGGUCAGACAUUGGGAUGCGUAUAUUGAUCCAUCUAAACUCACGCAGUUGUGGACUGUGAGUGUUGAUGUAUCUCAAUAUGACGUUCAUGUAACGUCUCAGCCUGUAAAUUUGAUGAAGGAUACAGGAUUGCAGACGCCCGUGGCGCCGUUUGGUGGGACAGGUGAUUUCGAUAUAUCACCUGAUGGCUCGGAGCUGGCAUUUACUGCAAAGGUUCCUGGUCGUGAUGAGGCUUGGAAUACGAAUACAGAUAUUUACAUUGUUUCCAUGUCUGGAAAUGGCUCGCCAGUAUCUAUUUCUGCAAAGAACUUGGGUGCUGAUCACAGCCCACUAUACUCUCCAGACAGAAAAUAUCUAGCCUGGUUACAAAUGCAAACACCUCAGUACGAAUCCGAUCUAAACAAACUCGUGCUCCUCGACAGAAAAACCGGGAAAUUAUCAGUCUUUACCAAAAAGUGGGAUCGAUCAAUCCAAUCCAUGAUCUUCUCGUCAGAUUCGAAGUCCGUUAUUGUUACAUCUGAAGAUCUAGGAUUGGUGAAAAUCUACAAAAUCGAUAUCGAGUCAGGCUCAGUCACACUGGUACAUGGUUUGCACGCUUCAGGUGGUCUCCAAUACGUUGAUGAUGAAGUGGAAGGACCAUAUCUUGUGUUUGAACGAAGCUCUGCUAUUGCGCCACCUGAGAUUUACAAGCUGCUUUUGAACUCGAGUAAAGGGUCUGGAAGUGAUGAAGCUCAACAAUUGACAUCCUUCAAUUAUGAAGCCAUGACUCAAGUCUUGUUGAGUGAGCCUGAAUCGUUUACGUUCAAGGGGUAUGAUAGUGUUGAUGUGUCGGGGUGGAUGUUUAAGCCUAGUAGUUUUAACCCGAUGUCUACAUAUCCUGUUGCGUUUUUGAUACAUGGAGGUCCUGAAGGCGCAUGGGAUGAUUCUUGGAGUCAACGUUGGAAUUAUCAGAUCUUUGCCUCUGCUGGUUUUGUGGUGGUGGCUAUAAAUCCACGAGGAUCUACUGGCUAUGGAAUAGCAUUUGAGCGAGGAAUUUUGAAUAGUUGGGGGCUAGCACCAUAUCAGGAUCUCAUGAUGGGAUUGGAUCAUGUUCUUGAAAAGCACCUAUUCACAGAUCCUUCGCGUGUCGUUGCUUUGGGAGCGAGCUUUGGAGGAUACAUGAUAAAUUGGAUCAAUGGACAUACAGACCGCUUCAAAGCACUUGUCUGUCAUGACGGAAUCUUUGAUACUAGGGCUGCAUACUAUACUACAGAAGAGUUAUGGUUUCCUGAAUACGAGUUUGGAGGCCCCGAAUAUGAAAAGCCUCAAAGUUACGAUGAAUGGAAUCCAUCAAAGUUUGUCAAAAAUUGGAAGACUCCCACUUUGGUGAUUCACAGUGAACUGGAUUAUCGAUUGACUAUGGGAGAAGGAAUUGGAGCCUUCACGGCAUUGCAAAAGCUCAAAGUACCAAGCAAGUUGCUCUACUUUCCUGAUGAGAACCACUGGGUACGCAAGCCAAGUAAUUCGAUUAGAUGGAAUGAAGAGGUUUUGAAAUGGAUUUUGCAAUGGACCGAGAAGAAGGGAGAUGAAAUAGUGAUGGAACAGUAG